UUUAUCUCACACUCUUAGAUUCAAUUUUGAAUUCAAACUGCCUAGAAGUACUGAGACUGAGCAACACAAUUUCGUAGGAAAGCAAUAUGAGCUGUUACGUUAAAAUCAUGGCGUUGUUGGUUAUUCUUUAUAUAACUGCUGUGUGUAUUGACAGUGCGCCUUUGACAGAUGGGAAUGGUACAAAUGCUGGUGAUUUAAACGGCAAGAAAUUAAUGGAGAUAGGAAUAGCGCUAAAAUUACCAAAAUUACAAAUGAUAGGAAAAACAAUUGACAAUAUUGAAAAGGAAGUUGAGAAAAUCUGCGACCUUCAUCCUUGUUCAGAAUGGACGGAGUGGUUCGGUUGCACGGCUCGAGUUGGUCAGUUCGGUUCAAAGUUCAGGACACGGCGGUGCAGUGUGAAUAUGACAAGUUGUGAGAUAGACUCAAAUAGCCGAACAGAGAAAGAGUUUGGAAUUUGUAUUGGGCAUUGUCCUGAUGGGUAUAAUAUCACAAAGAACGGGUUUUGUAUGAAGUUGUAUGCUGACAAAGGAGUGAAACAAGAUGCUGCAGAGCAGCAGUGUCAGAAAGAUGGUGGUCAUCUGGUAAAUAUCGACUCGGAAAUGAAAUAUGAAGAUGUAAGUAGUCUUCUUACAGGCUUCAGUAUUGGUACAUUUAUCUGGAUAGACGGACAUCGUAAAGAUGCAAGGUCUCCCUGGGAGUACACAUAUGGAUCUCAAAGAGGAUUCUUCAAGUGGCACUCGGGUCAGCCAAGCAACACAUCGGGAGAACUUUGUUUGGUUACUGCUUUGUACAGUAACGGAGUUAAGUGGCAUGAUAAUUCAUGUACAAGUUUAUAUUUUUCAAUUUGUGAAAUCUAAGUAAGACGACGUAUCUUC